AUGACAGAUGUCAACGGGUAUUGUAAUUCCUUGUACAAAAGUGGUGAAUCAAAAAAUCUACCAACAAGAUUUAACGAAAUAAAUAUUCAAAUGCUUUCUGCUGGUUUACAUCAUCAAAUAUUUGGAAAAUGUGAUGACACUAAUGUGGAUACUAAAACGUUGGAGAAAGUUGUUGCUCAUCUUAGUGAACAUAAUUUGUGGAAAGCUGAAACAAGUACUUUACCUGAAGUUCAAUUUACUAUUCCUGAUUUGCAUAACUCCAAUAUUAUUGAUCACUUCCAUCACAUAGCCUGUCAACUUUUAUCUGACUACAAGACUUUGCUGUUCCAGCUAACUAAUGCCACAGUACCACCUGUUCCUACAGAAUGGGAAUUUGUUCCUGGAUGGACUCAGUAUGAUCACCUUGGAAAUUCUAAAAAAGUAGACUUUCCUGAAGAUGGUGCAUUAGUUUUUGAUGUUGAAGUUUGCAUGCAGGAGGGAAAUUUCCCGACUAUUGCUUCUGCUGUUUCUGAUAAGCAUUGGUAUCUGUGGUGCAGUGAAAGAUUAAUUCAGAAUCAAUUUGUAUUCUCAAAAGAGGUAUCACUGUCUGAUCUUAUACCUUUGGAAACUUUAGCAGGCAGUGUGAAACCACCAGAAGAAAAGAAAUGGUCUCCAAGACUUAUAAUUGGUCAUAAUGUUGCAUUUGAUAGAACUUUUAUCAAAGAGCAAUAUUUUUUAGAGAAAACAAAGGCUAUGUUUUUAGACACAAUGUCCUUGCACAUGUGUGUAUCUGGAUUAACAGGGUUGCAAAGAGCAAUGUCUGUUGCAUUGAAGAAAAAUGGAGACUCAACAAAUGAUUUCUUCAAUGCUGUGAGUUGGUCAUAUAUCAGCUCUUUGAAUAAUCUUGCUGAUGUUUAUGACUUGUAUUGCCAGGAAACUCUUGAUAAAACAGAAAGAGCAAUUUUUGUUAGUGGAUCUCUAAAUGAUGUUAAGGACAAUUUUCAGGUGCUUGCAUCCUACUGUGCAUCUGAUACAUUGGCAACUUUAAAAAUCCUAAAGAAAAUCAUGCCUAUGUACUUGGAAAGAUUCCCUCAUCCUGUAACUCUGUAUGGGUUAUUAGAAAUGUCUACUGCUUAUCUUCCUGUGAAUCAAAAUUGGAGCAGGUAUCUUUAUGAAGCUCAGUCAACAUAUGACGAUUUACAAAAAGAAUUAAAACUCUCCCUUGUGCACUUGGCUAAUGAUGCCGCUUCAUUACUACAUAAUGAUUUAUAUAAAAAUGAUCCAUGGCUUUGGGACUUAGACUGGUCUGUUCAAAGCAUUAAAUUCAAGAAAGAUGCACCACAACCGAAAAAGAAGAAAAAGAAAAUUCAUAAAGAUGCUGAUAAAAUCUCUAAAACUUCAAAGGAGGAAGAAAAAGUCACAGGAAAUAAAUCAUCUGAAGUUGAUUUAAAUGAAGCUGAAAAGGAAGUCCAUCCCAAUGAUAGUAUUGAUCCUUCUUUACAAAAAAUGUAUGACUCUGCAGCAUCCUUAAGAAAAAUUAGACCUUUCUUACCUGGAUACCCUGCUUGGUACAGAGAGCUUUGUGACAGAAAUGAAACUGAUCCUGAUUGGGAACCUGGUCCACACCUUAUAAGCACGCAAAUGCGAUGUGUUCCAAAACUAAUGAGAAUGGUUUGGGAUGGAUGUCCACUUCAUUAUGAUUCAAAACACGGAUGGGGAUAUUUAGUACCAACUUCUGAAGUGUUGAGUAAUCUUUCUGAAGCUUUUCCUUUAAAAAAUUUCCAUAAGAUUCUUGGCAGUAGCAAAGAUUUAAAGCAUGGCAACCAGAAUAUUGAUUUUUUAUGGUCUAAAAUUAAGGAACCACAAGAAAAUAGAGAACUGGAAAGUAAAAUAUGGCAGCUAAUACUUCAAAAUAAAAAAAAAACUUUUAAAAGUUCUGAGACUCAUAAUGAAAUAGGACCCCAUGAUGUUGGAAUAAGUGGUUGUGCUUUCUAUCGCCUUCCUCACAAAGAUGGUCCCCAUAAAAGAGUGGGAAAUCCAUUAUCUAAAGACUUCCUUCCAAAAGUUGAAGAUGGUACUCUGAAAACGUGGGGGGAAACUCAAGCUGACAGAGCUCUUUUGCUUAGUAAAAUGUUAUCCUACUGGAAAAAUUCCCAUGCACGAAUUAUGUCUCAAAUGGUUGUUUGGCUCAAUGCAACAGAGUUAAACCAAAAUAUAAAACAGAGUGACAAAUAUGAUGAAAAUAAUUCAUAUGGUGCUAUUUUGCCUCGUUUAAUUCCUGCUGGAACUGUUACAAGAAGAGCUGUUGAACCUACAUGGCUGACUGCGAGUAAUGCUUAUGAAGACCGUGUUGGUAGUGAGCUCAAAUCAAUGGUGCAAGCUCCUCCAGGUUAUCAUUUUGUUGGUGCAGAUGUGGACUCCCAAGAGUUGUGGCUGGCUGCUUUAUUUGGUGAUUCUCAAUUUGCUAAAAUUCAUGGUUGUACAGCAUUUGGGUGGAUGACAUUACAAGGGAAAAAAUCUACUGGUACAGAUAUGCAUAGCAGAACAGCAAAAUCUGUUGGUAUUGCUAGAGAUCAAGCUAAGAUUUUAAAUUAUGCUCGCAUAUAUGGUGCUGGAAAAUCCUUUGCACAAAGAUUAUUAACUCAGUUCAAUCAUAGAUUAACACCAGAAGAAGCAAAAAUAAAAGUGAAGAAAAUUUAUGCAGAAACAAAAGGAGUUCAAAAGUUUGCUGUAAGUGAAGAUAAUGUGGAAAAUAAUGGCUUUGUAUUUACACCAGGUGGCCAAAAGCGUAUUUGGGUAGGCGGAAGUGAAUCUCACAUGUUUAACAAGCUUGAAGAAAUUGCUCUUUCUUCAAAACCCUGCACACCUGCCUUGAACUGCAGAAUAAGCAGAGCUUUGGAGCCUAGAGCUGUUGACAAAAAUUUUAUGACAAGUCGAAUUAAUUGGGUUGUACAAAGCUCUGCAGUGGACUUCUUACAUUUGAUGCUUGUUUGUAUGAGGUGGCUCUUUGAAGAAUUCAGUAUACAAGGUCGUUUUGUCAUUUGUAUUCAUGAUGAAGUUCGCUAUUUGGUGAAAUCUGAAGAUCGUUAUCGGGCUUCUUUAGCUUUACAAAUCACGAAUCUUCUGACCCGGUCUUUUUUCGUUUCUAAGGAAGGAAUGAACGACUUGCCACAGUCUGUGGCUUUCUUCAGCUCAGUGGAUAUUGACACUGUUCUUCGAAAAGAGGUGCACAUGGAUUCAGUCACUCCUUCUAAUCCACAUGGGUUGCAAAAAGGUUAUGGAAUACCCCCAGGAGAGGCACUGGAUAUAUUUGAAAUAAUUUGUAAAACAAAUGGUGGUCAUCUUCACAAAGAUAAGGAGAGUAAAAGCUGACAUUUUCAUUGUAAAUAUUAAUUUAUAUCCAUCUAAAUAAAUGUUCAUUUUUGG